AACUGAAUUGGUCGAAGUAAUUAAUUACCCUACAAUUUUCGGAUGGUUAGGUAUACGGUCAUCUCAUCAAUACAUGUCUCGCUAUUCGCUAACAACUAUUUCAUUUGUCGCUCGUUGACUGACUCUCCGACUUUUUAGUGAAUUGGAGAAAAAAGCCAGCCCCCCUUCCUUCUUGGUCCCCAGAGCAGUUGCGCAUUUUGAGACGCAUACGGAUACGGACGCAUACGGACUGAGUCUCAAGAACGUGAGUUCGACUGAUUUUGAGUCCAAGUGUCAAGUGGCCCCUGUAAAAUCUGAUUUCUGCGCCUUGGCGCUUCCCCAUUGCAAACUCUGCUACGAGUCGAGUGCCACGUCAUCCAUCUGAUCCACCUUUAGCCGAGCAGCCUCAGCGAGUGACGGACGGAUUUCUACACUUCCUCAACAAAUUUUGUGAAAUUCAACAGCCAGAGGUCAUACUCAUAAUUAACCAUUAUGGCAACGCAAAGAAACCUGGCCGUGAAGGAUGAGCCCAAAAGUCCUGAUGCGUGCUCCUUGGAUGACUUUGAAGACGGGUGGCCUCCCAACAAACUUGUCCGCGUUGACUCUGGAAACUACCCAAUUUUGAGGGGUCAAGACAAGAGGAAGCGAUUACGAAAAGAGUGCUUGGAAGCUGUCAAAGCAGAAAAUCAGUUUUUCGACGACUGCCAGAAGGAUGGACUGGCUGAAGGAAACCUCAAGGGCAAACGAAAGUCGGCAAGAAAAACAAGUUUGGUGGCGACUGAGACAGCUCGGAAAUUGCCACUUCGGGCGGCUCGACGAAUUGGAACUGGAGGAGAAGGAGAUCCACCAAGUUUCGUGCCGUGCAAUCUGCCACGACAACGGCCUGCUUUUGAAGUCAGUCCUGCCAACUUUGAAGCCAACGGCAUUCUCGGAAAUGGGAAGGGCACUGUUUAUCCCAAGUACGAACUUGAUUCGCAGUACAACUUCAUCAUUCCCGAGCCGCACAAGUUGAAGAAUGCUCCGUGGAAGCAGAGUCCAAUUGAGCCGCCGGAAGGGUUGGAACCAACCGUUUUAUCUGUGGUGGCGUCGGUGAACUUGGGAGCAGAUUUGGACCUGAAAGCCAUUGCUGAUGGAUGCCUGGACUUGAGCUAUAAUCCCGAGUCAUUCGCACCCUUGGUCAUGCGUCUCAAAGAUCCAAUCGCCACGGCCAUGAUUUUCCCGGCUGGCAGGAUGACCGUUUCUGGGGCCAAAUCGGUGGAGGCUUGCAAGAUUGCAGUGAGAAAGUUCACAGCGAUGGUUCGGUCGGUGGGAUUCAAUGUGAGACCGUUUGGAAUGUUGAUUAAAAACAUCUCUGCCACCUUCAGUGUUGGCUUCAAGAUUAGGUUGAGACACCUCUCCAAGAAUCGAAUGCUCACCCCACAAAUAACGUAUGAACCUGACUCGUUUACCGGAGUUUCGAUGGCUUUGCCAUUUCCGAAAGCUAAUGUGAUGGUGUUCCGGACUGGGAGCGGGAUGAUACAAGGAGUUACCACUUUGAAGGAUCUCGAUAAGGUCUUCAAGAUUAUUUACCCCCACCUCAAAAUGUAUGCAAUGUAGGAAGGUCAGGAUCGCAAGAAAUUUUUCAGCAUUUGAAUGUGGUAUUAGUCUUCAGUAUUAAGUUUUAAAAAAUCGUCGUUCACAAAUGGCGCAUCAAAUUCACACCAAACAAAAAAAAUAACCUGAAUUUCAUCUUAGUUUAUUUAAAUAUGUUGUUACUAUUUAAUAGAAAUCUGCAUACAAAGUGUAACUAGUGUUAAACAUGCACUUAUCUUAUUUAUUACAUGUGUAUUAUAAUAAGUAUGUAUAUGUCAAAUACUUAAAGGAAUGUCUCAUUAUUACGGACAAAAUUUCAAAUACAAUUGGAGUUAUUAUACGUAUAAAUGGUAUUGAUAUGUACUCUUCAUAAUACCA